UCACAAAUAGUUAAACCGCAUGAUAACUGAAAAAAUCUACAAUGAAAAUGAAAUACAUAUAAUUACAAGUAGGUAAUAUAUAGUAUGUUUGUUAUUAAUGUUGUUACUCGUUAGGUUUUUACCAAAGUUUUACUCUCUUUAUGAAUCAACUAAAGAUUAAAAAAAAAAACGGCGAUUCCACGUCAGCAAUCCAAGAAAAACACUUAUCCAACAGCGCCUUCCAGGCGUUGAUUAAUAUAUUUUAUCAUCUUCCAUCAAACGGACACAACCGUCCCACGUCACCGAUCCUCACGAGUUAAUCUCCAUCCAAUAGAACGCAUUUCUUCCUCCUUCUUAACAUCUCCAGACGCCUCAGACCUCUCCAUCGCAAAAACCUAAAUCUCAUUUCAAUUCAAUUCAAUUCAAUGGCACCAAAGGCAGGAAAGAAACCCGCAGAGAAGAAGCCCGCCGCCGCCGCCGCCGCGGCAGAGAAGCCGGCGGAGGAGGUAGCGGAGAAGGCCCCGGCGGAGAAGAAACCCAAGGCGGGGAAGAAGCUGCCGAAGGAAGCCAUCGGCGCGACGGACAAGAAGAAGAAGCGGAGCAAGAAGAGCAUCGAGACGUACAAGAUCUACAUCUUCAAGGUCCUGAAGCAGGUCCACCCUGACAUCGGGAUCUCGAGCAAGGCCAUGGGGAUCAUGAACAGCUUCAUCAACGACAUCUUCGAGAAGCUCGCCCAGGAGGCCUCCAAGCUCGCGAGGUACAACAAGAAGCCCACGAUCACCUCCCGCGAGAUUCAGACCGCUGUGAGGCUUGUUCUCCCCGGUGAGCUCGCUAAGCACGCCGUCUCUGAAGGAACCAAGGCCGUUACUAAGUUUACUAGCUCUUGAAUAAUGAAGUUUUGUGUGUGUUUUUGGAUCGUAUGGACUAUGCUUUUCUAGCUUUAUGAUUUGGUUUUGUAAUUGUUGAAGAACAUAUCGUAUGGUGUUUAAUCGUCUCUUUUGGAAGUAUAAUCGAAAGAUAAUUGUGUUCCGUGACUAAAAA